AUGACCACGAACGUUGAUAUACAACCAUACACACAUCCAUCUAAUCAAACGCGAACACGACAACGCCCGAAUGAUUUCUCUAGCGAUCACAUCGAGAAACGAAGACGGCCAUCUGGUGAUGAUUUAUUACAAAGACAGAUAAUGCUAUCAUCGCAACACCAGCAACAACCUUUACCGUCUCCACCAUUACGAUUGCCGUUGAAUGGACCCGGCCAAUCCGUUACUACAUCGUACUACUCGCAGCAGAACGGAAAUUCAUACCAGCAAGGAAUAACUGGUGGACAAUUACAUGGAAAUCACACCGUUCUCGAUCAACAGCAGCUAACUCAGUCAAAUACUACCGAGCAACUGAAAACGUAUCUGGAGAAGAUUCGGCUAUCGGAAUUAUUCAAGCAGGAGAGACAAAAGUUGUUGGCGAGUGCAGGUCAGAAAAUGCAAAAGGCUCACGAAUUAGAACAAUUACAAGCUCGGCUGAUGACAGGAUCUCAAACUCAGAAUGUAUUACAGAGUUAUCAAGCAAUCGCAAAUCAACCAUUCGUACAAAAUACAUUAGUAUCCCCUACACUCCCAACCCAGCAACACAAUGCUACUCAAUCAGGACAACAGCAGGUUGUGACAUCUCCUAUAUCGCCACAAACAGCACAGGCUAUAUCACGUGUUCCAAUCAGCCCGCAAUCCGCUCAACCGAUGGCAUCUCAACAAGAACUUAUACAACCAGCUCAUCAAAAUUAUGUCCAGCAUUAUUUGCCUCCGUCGCGUCGAAAUUCUCAAUUACAAUUAAUGGCUGCCGCCCAGCAAUCACUUCAAGCACAGCAAUCUCAACAAUCACAGGUACAACAAGCACAGCAGCAACAGAUCCGAUUUUACAAUCAACAAUCGCAAAUGCAGGCUCAAUAUGGCCCAAGCUACCAGGAAGUAAUGAGACAAAAUAACCAGAGAUUAGACGGAUUAAAAUUAGAAUUACAAAAAAAACAAUCUUACGUAUCUGCGUGUAAAGAGUUAUGUGAUUGGUUGAAAGAUGCAAAGGCAUAUGAAAACCCUGUACUCGAUGGUAUAUAUGCAUGCCUAGAAGUAAUAUCAAAAAGAGCUUUAGCAUUUGGAUCACAGAUUGGAUUUCAAGUAAUUUCGGUUGCAGCAGAUCAUAUCGAACGAUUACGUUUACAAAUGGGAUCCAGAGUGGAUGAUGUUUUACGUUGGCGAAAUGAGCUAGCUUCCAAGCUAUCUCCAGCAUCUGUCUCGGGUCCUCCAUUAGGGGGAUCUGUGACGCCAACUUAUCCAAGGACCCCGCAAGGACAAAAUAUGCCACAAAUGUUGCAAAUGUCACAAACACCGCAACCAACCAAGCCACAAGUAUCACUACCAAUACUUACUCAAACUUCCGGAGGAUACUCUAAUGUGGCGGGGCCCAUAAUACCGACUCGAUCUGGCGCUCCAACAACAAACGUACAAUCAAUGACAUCAUCGGCACCUAACGCACAGUCAUCCAUAGUUCCAACUCAAGGAAAUUAUGUAAAUAGUGUACAUAGGGGGAGUACGAACUAUGCUGCAUCUGUGCAACAAUCAACAGUGCCUUCAUCACCGUCUGUGAAGCACGAUGAUUGUUUUAGGGAGCCAGGUCAGGACAACAAUAAGCACGCAGCCUUAUUUUGUAGACCUUUUGAAUAUGCAGUCAAGCCUCAGGUCUUACAGCAUAAGGCAGCGGUAACACCGUUCACUUUUGCCAUAUCAUCGAGCUAUUUUAAAAGGCUUUACAGUCCCGACAAACAAUAUCACAUAACCGUCAACACCCCAUUGUCUCACCUACCAUUAACGUACGUUCUGAAAUCAUGCAAGGCGACAAGUACUAUCGAUGAUAAAUGCGAGUGGCCUGAUGGUUUGCGUGUAUAUCUGAAUCGUAUGGAAGUUAAGCUGGAAAAAAAGACAAAAACGCCUGUUCCCGGCAGGCAAGGACAGUUCACUUAUACGGGAAGAGAUCGGCCAGCGGAUUUGAGGCCAUACUUGAGAGAAGGGGAUAAUCUUAUGUGCUUGGAACAGACCACAUGCUGUUGCUCUUAUCGGUUCUCGGUGGAGAUACUGUUAAGAGAAUCGGAAGAUCUCAUUCUACAUUACGUGCGAAGGAAGCAUUUAUCAGAACAAGAUGGAAUUGCAAAUGUUGAUCGUCUACUAUCUGGUGUUGUCGUUGGUUUGGAUGACGAUGAUAUUGAAGUUAGGCAAGAGGUCAUCAAAAUCAGCAUGAAGUGUCCCUUAAGCCUGUUAAGAAUAAAAGAACCAGUAAAGGGAGCUAAAUGUCGGCAUGUGGCUUGUUUCGACUUGUCAAGCUAUCUAGCGGUCAAUCAAGCAAAUCAGACUUGGAGAUGCCCCGAUUGCCAUAACAAAGUAUACGCCAACGAUUUAAGAGUUGACAAAUUCUUUAUGAAAUUGCUGAAGGAAGUGCCCGAAAAUGUAGAAAUGGUUGAACUAGGUCCAAAUGGCACAUGGAAACCAGUAGCAGAUGUGACGCAGGGCGGUGACGGGGAAGGCUCGUCAGAUGAAGACGAAACGGCUACAGGCCCGCGAUCAAAGAGUUCACAACCAGAAGUUGUCGUUCUUGCUGACAGUGACGAUGAGCAAGCGCCGCCAUCGCGCCCUCAAUUUAGACAAACCCUGCCGCCCUCUCAGUCAACUUCACAGUCAUUUGCUCAGUCAUCCACACUGCCGUCAUCCGGACAAUCUACUCAAAUACAAACGCAGCAUUCUCCAUCUCCAAUUCGGACGUCACAGAGCGUGCAGCCAAUGGAUGUGGAUCCUCCGUAUGUAUCAAGCGAGAAUCGACGGUCUUAUUCCUCGUCGUCUUCGACACCAGGGACAAAACAACCACGCCGUUAUUUCCCCACACCGGGCAGUAAUUAUCAGCUACAGUUUCAGCAACUACUGCUGCAAACAGAGAAUGGUUUCAAUAAUGUGCCCUGA